CAUACGAACACCUGUCCUACCUAUUCCCAACGUCAUUUACGCGAACGUAGGCGUGAGCGGAGAAAGCCCUGCGACAACCGGAGUAACUGGCAAAGACUACGCGCGAGAGACUCAUCCUGCGCUUGUACAGCAACCACUAGCUGAGGGAAGCGGAACUUCGGUCUCUGAGGAUGGCAUCUAUCCCUCAGUCCGUUCAUUCGGAUUUUCUGGCGCAAACCUUUCAAUGCCUCAAGAAUCCUGGUCAAGAAGCACGGGUGCAGGCGGCAGCCACCCUACGGCGAUAUGUUGCAACUACGGUAGCGGAACUACCGUCAGAUGCAGCUGGCAAACUAUGGGAUGAUGACAUCAGGAGGGGGAUAUUUGAUCUCAUGCAUAGUCAGAACAAUGCUGACCGGCUGGGUGGUUUAUUGGCCAUUGACUAUCUUCUUGACAUUGUCGGCGAGGACGGAAUCCUUUCCAAGACCUAUCUCUUUCGAUUCUAUAACUACGUCAAAGAGCUUCUGCCCAACCACGAUGUCAACAUUAUGCUUGCCGCAUCCAAGACUCUUGGGCAGAUUGCAGCCAUAGGCGGAAAUGCGCUUGGGGAGCGCUUCAUGGAUUUAGAAGUUCCCAGUGCCGUUGAAAUGCUUCAAGGAGAUAGACAAGAGUCUCCUCGUUACGCUGGUGUCUUGAUUCUCAAAGAACUGGCGCGGAACUCUCCUUCUUACUUCUAUUCGCAUAUCGGUCUGGUCCUUGACAAGAUUCUCAUCCCGUUGAGAGAUACGCGCAGCAUAGUCCGUGAAGGAGCAGCAGAGCUACUAGCUGCAUGUUUGGAGAUUGUGACCAACAAGGAGCGACAGAUGCGCAGCCCACAUUUGGACAAAAUCCUUCAGGAUGCUCAACUCGGGCUCAAAAUGUCGCAGCUAGAGGUAGUCCAUGGGUCUCUCUUGACGUACCGUGAACUUCUGCUACACGGUGACAUGUUUAUGAGGGAAUCUUUCGUAGACGUUGCGGAACAGAUUCUGCGAUUUAAAUCACAUAGGGAUGCCGUGAUACGCAAGAUGGUCAUCACUCUGAUCCCGACCCUAGCGGCGUACGACACGAAAACAUUUGCCGAACUUUUCCUUCACAAGGCCAUGGGUCACCUGAUGCAACAACUUGAGAAACCGACGGAGCGUUCUUUUGCUUUUAUUGCCAUCGGCCACACUGCCACGGCAGUAGGAAGUGAGAUGAAGCCCUUCCUUGAGCUCAUCAUGCAACAGAUUAAGAUUGGCUUGCAGUCUAGAGGGAAGAAGAAUGCGAUCUCAGAAGAGCCGAUCUUCCAAUGUGUUGGGAUGCUUGCUUCAGCAGUUGGCCCUAAUCUCACGAAGUACCUGCAUGAUCAACUCGACCUAUUUUUUGCUGGCGGUCUCAAUGAGCCGCUGAGACAAGCGUUGACGGCGAUUGCUCGCAACAUUCCGCCAUUGCUCAAGACGAUACAAGAUCGCCUCCUUGAUAUCUUGUCCAACAUUCUAAGUGGCCAACCUUACAAGCCCAUUGGUGCUCCAGCAUCUUUCAGCCGCGGUGACUUCGCCAAAGAUUUGAGCGUAUCGCAGACAACGAAGGCUGAUAAGAGCCCAGAGCUCAUUACUCUUGCGUUGACUACUCUUGGGACUUUUGAUUUUAGCGGACAUGUGCUUAACGAGUUCGUGCGCCGAUGCGCUUUACCAUACCUUGAGGACGACAACGCAGACGUCCGCCGUGCAGGCGCUCUGACUUGCUGUAGGCUUUUCGUGCGCGACCCCAUAUGUUGGCAAGCAAGUAGCCACGCCAUUGAGAUUAUCAGUGAUGUGCUAGACAAGCUACUCACUGUAGGUAUCGCAGAUCCAGAUGCUUCUAUCCGUCAAACCGUAUUGUCAUCACUGCACGAACGCUUUGAUAAGCAUCUUGCCCAAGCAGAGAAUGUCCGAUCUAUUUUCAUUGCACUCAAUGACGAAGUAUUUGACAAUCGGGUUACGGCUGUCGGUCUUAUUGGACGUUUGGCGAAGCACAACCCGGCCUACGUCAUGCCAUCGCUGCGGAAAGCACUCAUACAACUGCUCACUGAACUUGAAUAUUCGACCGUCAUGCGAAACCGCGAGGAUUGUACCCGCCUAUUGACACUCCUCGUCAGCGCGACGCAACGCCUCAUUAAGCCAUACGCCCUGCCGAUGCUCCGCGUUCUGUUGCAGAAGGCAAACGACACCAACGCAGCUGUUGCUGCAAACGUAUUGACAUGCCUUGGGGAGCUUUCGGCUGUUGGUGGGGAAGACGUGAAGCCCCACAUUCCGGACCUCAUGCAAGUCAUCCUGACAAGACUUUCUGAUCCUGCACAUGUAAAACGGGACGCAGCCCUCCACGCCCUUGGCCAGCUGUGCUCGAGUACAGGUUAUGUCAUCACUCCGCUCAUCGACUACCCUCAGUUGCUUCCUCUUCUGGGCCGUAUCCUCAGAACAGAAUCGCUUCCUCAUGUUCGGAGAGAGGUUGUCAAGGUCCUUGGUAUUCUCGGAGCCCUAGAUCCUUACAAGCGCAAGACGAAACCGGAGGAAGAGGUUGCCAACGAGACUUCGCCCUUCACCGUGAACGCUGUCGCACUCUCUCAUACGGGCUCUGUCACGGCCUCAGAUGAUUACUACCAAUCUGUUGUCAUCAGUUCGCUAUUGGCAGUGUUGAAGGACUCUUCCCUGACCACUCAUCAUGUUACUGUGAUUGAAGCUAUCAUGAAUAUUUUUAAGACUCAGGGCCUCAAAUGCGUUACCUUCCUUCCCCAGAUUAUCCCAGCAUUUACUACGGUUGCACGCACGGCUAGCUCGCGGUUGCAAGAGUUCCACCUUCAGCAAUUGGCUAUUUUAGUCGGCAUCAUCAAGCAGCACGUCCGAAAUUAUAUGCCAACUAUUUUUGGUCUCGUCACUGAGCUUUGGGAGAACAUUCCACUGCAAUUACCGAUUGUAUCCCUGAUUGAAGCUCUUGGCAAAGCUCUUGAUGCCGAGUUCAAACCUUUCCUACCGACCAUUCUGCCUCAUCUACUCAAGGCUUUCGAUGGGGAACUAACUGACAAGCGCAUGAACACACACAUCAAGAUCUUCGACUCUUUCUUGACUUUCGGCUCAAAUAUUGAGGAGUAUUUACACCUGGUGAUCCCAGUCAUUGUUAAAUCUGCUGAACGAAGCGAUGGAUCUAUCUCACUGCGCAAGAAAGCUAUACAAACCAUUGCUCAUCUGUCGCAGCGAGUCAACUUCUCGGACCACGCAUCACGAAUUGUACAUCCUCUCGUGCGGGUACUGGAUGGGCAGAGUAACGAGCUCAGGCAAGCAUCCAUGGACACGCUGUGUGCUGUGAUGAUUCAGCUAGGAUCCGAUUUUGCAAUAUUCAUUCCCACAAUAAACAAGAGUAUGCUCCGUAACCGCAUCUCUCAUCCUCGUUAUGAAAGCCUAACGUCCAGACUACUCAGCGGGGAGCGUUUACCUCAGGAGUCAGGGAUUGGCGAUUGGCUAGAGACAUCAAGGGCGUCCGAAAUAUCUGCGCCGGCUGAACCAGCAAAACUCACCGUCAACCAACAGCAUCUCAAGCAAGCGUGGGAUGUCUCUUUAGUGAGCACCAAGGAAGACUGGGAGGAGUGGAUGCAUCGACUAGGCGUCGAGUUCAUGAGAGAGUCUCCAUCACAUGCGCUGAGAGCAUGCAUGAGUCUUGUGGACGUCCACCCGCCCCUUGCCAAGGAACUUUUCAAUGCCGCAUUCAUCUCAUGCUGGACUGAGCUAUAUGACCAAUAUCAGGAGGAUUUGGUGCGAUCUAUCGACCACGCGAUCACUUCUAGCAACGCUCCUUCCGACCUUAUCCACCGACUGCUGUCUCUAGCGGAGUUCAUGGAGCACGAAGAGAAGCCACUUCCCAUUGAGCAUCGCAUCCUUGGAGAGUGUGCCAUGAAAUAUCAUGCAUAUGCCAAGGCGCUUCAUUACAAGGAACUUGAAUUCUUUGCAGAGACCUCUCCGACCAUCAUUGAGGCACUCAUUGGGAUCAACACUAAACUCCAACAACACGAUGCAGCUUGGGGCACCCUCAUUAUAGCGCGUGAGCAGUACGAUGUCACCAAGCAUGAAGAAUGGUACGAGAGGCUAGGGAAAUGGCAGGAGGCACUAGCUGCAUAUGAUAAGAAGGCUCUUGACGAUCCCGAUUCCGUUGACAUUCAAAUGGGCCGUAUGAGGUGUCUACACGCUCUUGGAGAAUGGGAACAUCUGGCGGGGCAAGCUGCAGAGCACUGGUCGUACGCCGGUCCCGACGAACGUCGAGAGAUCGCGCCAAUGGCCGCUGCUGCUGCUUGGGCGCUACGCGACUGGGAAUCUAUGGACGACUACAUAUCCUCCAUGAGGUUAGACUCACCUGAUCGGGCUUUCUAUCGAGCAAUCCUUUCUGUGCAUCAAAACCAAUUCCCAAAAGCACUCAAGGAAAUUGGUCGAGCUCGUGACCUCUUGGAACCCGAGUUAACGUCCUUUGUCGGCGAAGGUUAUGGUCGCUCUUACAACACCAUGGUUCGAGCGCAGAUGCUGUCAGAGCUUGAAGAGAUUAUAGUCUUUAAGCAAUACGCUGACCAGCCAGAGCGACAGCAGGCAAUGAGAAAGACAUGGAUGAAACGACUUCAAGGUUGUCAGCCGGAUGUUGAGACGUGGCAGCGCAUCCUCCAGGUCCGGGCACUAGUGCUGAACCCGGAAGAUGAUCCCGUCAUGUGGAUCAAAUUCGCUAACUUUUGUCGCAAGUCGGAUCGCAUGGCUCUGGCAGAAAAAACCAUCAACUCACUGUUAACACCGGAGCGGCAAAUGCGAGCACCACCGAAUGUUGUCUAUGCCCAACUCAAGUACAUGUGGGCAUCAGGCGUGCGCCGUGAUGAAACACUCACUUUCUUGCGCCAAUUUUCGACAAGCCUGGCGCGCGAUAUAUCUCAGGAGACCCGGGACCCGCGUGCGCCUGUGGCCAAGAACAAAUUGGACGAGCUAUCUUCCUUAUUGGCGCGCUGUUAUUUUAAACAAGGUCAAUGGCAAGCGGAAAUAAGGGAUGAUUGGGGAUCGAGGAACGUCAAGGAGAUCUUGCAAUCUUACUAUCUCGCCACCCACUACGACUCAGGGUGGUACAAGGCGUGGCAUACGUGGGCCCUUGCUAAUUUUGAAGUCAUCGGUCACAUCGAAACUCAGAGAGAGAACAACGCAUCCGAUAUUCGUGGUAACGGUCUAGCAGCCCACAUUGUCCAAGCCGUCCAAGGAUUCUUCAAGUCUAUCUCGUUGCGCAACGAGAAUGCCCUUCAGGAUACCUUGCGGCUCCUCACGCUUUGGUUCAAAUUUGGCGCACAUGAUGACGUCAGUCAGGCUAUGGCCGCUGGUUUUUCCAUCGUUGAGGUUGAUACUUGGCUUGAAGUUAUCCCUCAGAUCAUUGCCAGAAUUCAAACGCCGAGCGAAAAUGUCCGCCGUAAUAUCAGCAAUUUGCUUACUGAUGUUGGGAAACACCACCCACAAGCUCUCAUCUAUCCUCUCACCGUGGCUUCAAAGUCGUCGAGUACUGCUCGGCAAAAUGCUGCUCGUAAUAUCAUGGACAGGAUGAGUGAACAUAGCUCGGCCAUCGUAGAGCAGGCAAAACUCGUCAGUCAUGAGCUCAUUCGUGUCGCUAUCCUAUGGCAUGAGAUGUGGCACGAAGGCCUCGAAGAGGCAUCCCGCCUGUACUUCAAUGACAAGAAUCCAGAAGGCAUGAUUGCUUGCUUGGAGCCUUUGCAUGACAUGCUUGAACGCGGGCCGACUACUGCAAGAGAAAUAUCGUUUGCUCAAACUUUUGGCAGAGACCUUCAUGAAGCGCGAGAAGCGUGCCGCCGCUACCGAAUGUAUGGCGAGCCAACGGAGCUCAACAAAGCCUGGGACAUCUAUUACGGAGUCUUCAGGAAAGUCGAGAAACAGCUUCCCCAGCUCACAACCCUGGAUCUACAAUACGUCUCUCCUCAACUUCUCAAGGCUCGCAACCUAGAGCUUGCCAUCCCAGGAACGUACCAGAGUGGGAAACCAAUCGUCCGGAUCAGUAGCUUCGCUACCAAGUUGACUGUGAUUGCGUCAAAACAGCGGCCUCGGCGAGUCUCACUCAAAGGUAGCGACGGGCGUGACUACCAAUAUCUAUUGAAGGGUCACGAAGAUCUACGCCAGGACGAGCGGGUCAUGCAACUCUUCAGCCUCGUGAACACUCUUCUGUCCGUUGACACAAACAGUUUCAAGAGACGCUUGAACAUCCAGCGCUACCCUGUUAUUCCGUUGGCUCCAAACGCUGGUCUUCUUGGAUGGGUUCAGGACUCUGAUACUCUUCAUGUUCUCGUCCGCGAUUACAGAGACUCACGCAAAGUCUUAUUAAACAUCGAGUACAGGCUCAUGCUCCAGAUGGCUCCCGACUACGAGAAUCUAACCCUGUUGCAGAAGGUGGAGGUUUUCGAGUACGCUCUCGAAAAUACUACGGGCCAAGACCUCUACCGCGUGCUCUGGCUUAAGAGCGUCAACUCUGAACAUUGGCUAGAACGGCGUGCCACGUACUCCAGGUCUCUAGCUGUCAACAGUAUGGUUGGCCAUAUUCUGGGCUUGGGUGACCGUCACCCGUCGAACCUGCUGCUUGAAAGAGCCACAGGCAAGGUUGUACACAUCGACUUCGGUGAUUGUUUUGAGGUUGCGAUGCACCGCGAGAAGUUCCCCGAGAAGAUCCCAUUCCGAUUGACCAGGAUGCUUACGCAUGCCAUGGAGAUCAGUGGCAUUGAGGGGAGUUUCCGGCACACGUGCGAAAUAACGAUGCAGGUGUUGCGGGCCAACAAAGAGUCCCUUAUGGCCGUGCUGGAGGCCUUUGUCUAUGACCCCCUGAUCAACUGGCGGCUUAUGCAGGCUGAUGCUGAGGCACGGAAACUUGAGGAUAUCGAUACAGAUCCUGGGAGAAUGGCAGACCUCGCCCGAGCUGCGGCGUAUCCUCAAGGACCGAAUCGGAGGCUGCGUGCCGAUGAAAACGACAUCUUCAAUGAAGCCAUCGGGGAACCCGGUACUCGGCAAGAGGUCCGUAACGAAAGGGCCCUCACGGUGUACAAUCGUGUUCAGCACAAACUUACAGGACGAGACUUUGAUCCCAACGAAGUCUUGUCCGUCGGUGCUCAGGUCGACAAGCUUAUUAUACAAGCAACAUCUCUGGAAAACCUUUGUCAGUGCUUCUCUGGAUGGUGUGCCUUCUGGUGAUGUUUCAAACCGCAUCAUUAGUACUACAUAUGUAUCACUAGCGCAAUAUUCUGCAUUUAUUAUACCACGACUCUUUGCUAUGCAGCUGUACGCAA